CAUGAUUUGUUUUUGAAUUUUGAAUAUUUAAACAAACAAACAAACAACAAUAAUAAUAAAAAAAAUGGCUGAUUCAUCCGAAGGUCAAAUGGAUGGUGUAUCAUCAUCAUCAUCGAUGUUAGCAUCACCUAUAGCAAGUCGUUCAUCAUCAUUUAUGACACCAUCACCACCACCACCAUCAACUACAAAUAUAUCGGCCGCUGUAUCACCAUCGAUUUCUAUAUCAAAUCCAUCAAUGGAACGUUUGGAACAAGAGAAUCGUGUAUUUAAAAUUGAAAUUGAAACAUUAAAAUUACGUAUAAAAAGUUUAACUGAAGAAAAUAAAUCAUUACGUCGUGCAUCGGUAUCCAUUCAAGCUAAAGCCGAACAAGAAGAAGAAUACAUUUCGAAUACAUUGUUGAAACGUAUUCAAACAUUGAAAAAAGAAAAAGAAACAUUGGCACUCAAUUAUGAACAUGAAGAAGAAUGUCUAACUAAUGAUUUAUCACGUAAAUUGAAUCAAUUACGUGCUGAAAAGGUUCAAUUGGAACAUACAUUGGAACAAGAACAAGAAGCAUUGGUAAAUAAAUUGAUGCGAAAGAUUGAAAAAUUGGAAAAUGAAACCAUUCGAAAACAGAAUAAUUUGGAACAAUUACGACGUGAAAAGAUUGAAUUGGAAAAUACAUUGGAACAGGAACAAGAAGCAUUAGUGAAUAAACUAUGGAAACGUAUGGAUAAAUUGGAGAAUGAAAAACGUGAUUUAUAUGAAAAACUAGAAACUUUUAGUGCAGCUAGUGGAUGUUCAAUGAACGAAACUUCGAAUCAAUCAUCAUCAUCGUCAUCGAUGCAAAUGACUCCCGCUCAAUCGCCUGGACCACCACAACCAAUGAGCCCGAUGAAUAACAACAGUGGUGGAACGACAGCCAUUUGUUCACUUGGUUCUAAUAUGAAUAAUAAUAAUUCUUCAUUGAUGAUGAAUGAACAACGUGUAAGCUGUAUGUGUGAUCCACAUCAAUUGACGAAUCAUGUAAAAUUACUUCGUAGUGAAGUAAUGAAACUACGUAAUCGUCUUCAAAUAGCCGAAAAAGAACAUAAUGAAAAAAUGGCUCUUUUUGAAAAAGAAGAACGUGAACAAAGAGAACAAAAUGUUCGUCUACAACGAAAACUACAAAUGGAAAUUGAAAGACGUGAACGUUUAUGUCGCCAUUUAAGUGAAUCUGAAUCAUCGCUUGAAAUUGAUUUCGAUGAACGUCAUGUAUCGAAUGAGAAUAUUUUACCUACACCAAGUUCGUCGAAUGGUCGACAACGAACAUUAUCAUCGCCAGUACCAAUGAAUGUUGCAAUGUCACCACAGGCAAAAGCACCACCACCGACACCAUUGGCAAUUUCAUCACCAAUUAGCCACGAACAAUUGAUGCCACGACCAAUCAGUCCAAUUAGUCGUCAUAAGACUGUUUGCUGUCCAAAAUGUGGCCAUUCAUUUUUGGCUUCAAUUGGAUCAUAUACUAAUUUGUUUGCAAACAGUAGCAUUACAACGGCAAGCCAACAUCAUCAUUCAUCAUCACCAAUGAAUGUAUUUUCGCAGCCAAUUUUCACUAACCAUCAUCAACAACAACAACAACAUCAUCAUCAUCAUCAUCAUCAUAAUCAGUCAACAGCAACAACAACAACGACAACAGCUCUUCAUCAUCAAUCACUUCGUUCUGCCACAUCAAUUGAAAAUGUUACUAUGCAUGGUUCAAAUAAUGAUGAUGAUAAUAACAACAACAAAGGUGACAAUGUUCAAAUGGAUUCCGAUUUAUGA